AGAGACGCUGCGGACAUGGAUCACUGAGCGCACGACUCCGAAACAAGAGCGCUGUCACUGAGCUGUUAUUCACUCCUCCUGCAUCAUGGAGGCUCAGCCUGGUGCAUCAUGGGAGCUCAUCAGCGGUGUGACAGAUACAAUAUAUAAGGGCUGAGAGGUCAUUAUGGAGACUGACAGCUACACCCCCUCCACCACUGACUGGGCUGGGACGUUGGAUGGCCUGGAGGGAAUGGGGCUCCUUCAAGAGCAAGGUGGUGUACCACCGGCCUCCUGGUACACCCCGUACUCACUGGGCUUCCAGGUGUCGCUAACUGGCUUCCUCAUGCUGGAGCUGGUGUUGGGUUUCAGCAGCAACCUGACUGUGCUGGUGCUCUACUGCUCCCAAUCAAAUCUAGUGGACUCCGUGAGCAACAUGGUGACGGUGAACCUGCACGUGCUGGACGUAGCUGUGUGUGUGCUGUGUUUGCCCCUCACCCUGGUGGUGGUGCUGCUGCCUCCCGGACCCAACAUGGCCCUGAUCUGCUGCUUCCACGAGGCCUGCGUCACCUUCGCCAGCAUAGCCACGGCCGUCAACAUCCUUGUCAUCAGUUUGGACAGAUACGACAUCUCAGUGCGGCCGGCCAACAGGCUGCUGACCCCCCGGAGGGCCACACUGCUCCUGACGGCUGUUUGGGUCACCUCGGUGGCGGUGUUUUUUAUCCCGUUCUUGGAGGUGCAGUGGUCCAGUGGAGAAGAGGAGCAGGUGACGCCUUUGUCGUUGUCGUCACAUGGUGCCGACGUGGUGCCGUCGUGGCGUAACCAGACUCUGCUGUGUGUUGGCGGGCAGGGCUUCAACACAGGCCUGGGUAUGUAUUACCAUCUGAUCCUGCAGGUGCCCAUCUUCUUCACCACGGUGGCAGUCAUGCUGUUCACCUACUCCAGGAUACUGAGGGCUUUAAACAUCCGCAUCGGCUCCCACAUGAAGAAGGGCCAGCGGUUCAGGGGGACCCAGCAGAGACAGAACAAAAGGAGGGUGGGACUCAGAAUGAGGGACGGAGGGGAGGUAGGAGGCGAGCAAUGCACCACAGAUUGCACCAAACAGCUCAGCCACCCGCCACUCAUCCCUUCACCUUCCCCCACCCCCACAGCCACCUCCCCCCCGGCCCAGUCGUCCGCCCCGCUCGUCACCUCGGACACGGGGGCAGCCACGCCCAUGCCCUCCUCCCUGGGCGUCCAGGCCUCAGUGUCGGCCAUCAUCGCCCUGAGGAGGGCCGUGCGGAGACACCGGGACCGGAGAGCGCGGCAGAGGCGGGUGUUCAGGAUGUCCCUCAUCAUUAUCGCCACCUUUCUAGGCUGCUGGGCCCCCCUCUCUGUUACCAACCUCCUCAUCCUGGGCAUCGGCCCCAGUGACGCCCUGGUCAGCCUGCGCCUCUGGUUCUUAGCCCUGGCGUACGGCACCACCGUCUCCCACCCUCUGCUCUACGCCUUCACCCGGCAGAAGCUGCGCCGGGCGCUCCGUGCGAAGGUUAAGAAGAGGGUGGUGUCUCUGCUCCAGGUGGACCCUUCCCCGGGGAGCACCGUCAUACACAACUCCUGGGUGGAGAAUAGGAAAACCAGCAGGAAGGUGCAGCUGGAAGCAAGCAAAGGUACUGACCGCUGCCUGGCUGAGGUCCUGUGAGACUGACACAGUUAUUAAAAAAACAAAAACACAAUAGAGUCACAGGUGCGCUCCAUUAUGAAACUCACUGGUGUGUGAAGCCAGUGUAAGAAAUGUGAAAAACACAUUUCCACCUCUGGGAAAUGUCUUAACGUUAUCACCAGCAGCAGCUGCAGCAACAAGCUAAACAAAGCUAACACAGCCUCUGCAGCUGAAUACAUCUACAACAAAAGCAUACAAAUGUACAUAUUUUACACAACAAUAAUCAAAAAGUCUGUUUACAUAUAGAGUUGUAUGACAGAUUAUGGUGUUCAUCCAACAGCUCCAAAGAAUGAGUUUAGCCUGCAGGUGAUCUGAUCUGCCGCCCACUCAGAUGCUCCAAGGCAGCUUUUAAUUUUUUUUGAUACACUACACAAAAAAUAAAUAUUCGACAAACUCUUUGAAUGUAUUUAUCUUGGCUGUCUUAGUUUUGCUCUGAUGGUAUCAUGUUUUCCAGAACAAAGGGGGAACUUAUACAUUUACAGGCAAGGCACAUUGAUAGUAUGUUGAUGAUAUGUAAAUGAAUCGGCGUUUAGGAGGGGAUAAGGUUAGAGAACAAUUAAAGGCUAACAUAUUACCUGCUGUUUUGCUUUAGCUUAAGUACUUAUUACAGUGUUUACAUGAAACCCUGCAAUGCUUAUUCUUAUAAAUGCAACUCUGUUGGUCCCAAUUUGUUAUGAAAUGGUGUAAUGUCAUGAUUGGUGUUUUGCAUAUGCAGCCUGGACACAAUAAGCACAUUCAUUAACGUCAUGAUAUUUUGGGAGAAAGGCUUAUUGGCUUCUUUUUUUUCAAGAGAGAAUUAGAUAAGGAAGAUUGAUCUCCUUUGUGUACAGUCAAUAUGAAGCAAAAGGCAACAGUCGAUUAGCUGGGAAACAGAGCUAGGAGUUUGGCUCCGUCCAAAUAAACUAAUGUCCUCUGUUUAGACUUCACACAGAGCCAGACUCGUUAUUCUCCCAGUUUUCAAAUCCUAAUGGUACGCUAAGCUAUCCAGCUGAUGAAUGUUACUUCAUAAUAAGCAUAGAUACAUGACAGUGCCAUCAAACAUCUUAUAAAACUCAAUAAGAUUAAAAUAAGCUUUAUUCCCAACCGGUCUAACAAGUCCUUUAAAUAGUCAAAAGUCUAGUUUUAUGAUUUGUGAAUAUUGACAUCAUUAUGAAGUAGCUAUUUGGACACUGUAACAUGGAAAGGUGACUGACACAAUAACAGGAACACCUUUCAUUAAAACGCAUUCCAGAAGAUGAACCAAAAAUGACAAACUUAAAAAUAAACCCAUGUUCAUCUAACCCAACCAAGAUCUGCACAAUCACUCAUUGCAGGUCUGUGGUUCUGGGUUGCAUUACAUUCAGGGUGUCUCUAUGCUUUCAUUUUGGGGGUUUGGCAUGUUAAAAGCCUGCCGAUCUCUUUUGUAAUAGCAUUUAUGUACAUUUUGUAAAUAUUGAACAGAUACAAAUAUACUUAAUGUGAAAUAUACAGUGCAAGUCACUUCGUCUGUACGAGUCUGUAUAGGCUUUUCUUGAUUUAGAGGUCAUCCAAACGUGCACUCCAGCGGGUCAGCCUCAGCAAACACAAGAGAGAAACUGUCCCCGCAGAUUGAGGGAUCGCUAAUAAGACGAGCGUUUAUUGUUGACUUUAUUCUGCCUGACUGUGCGUGUGUUCUAAUGCUUUACUCACACUGGGGCUAAUUUCAGAGACCAUGUGAUUCCUCUCACACACACAAACGAUUGAUGUGUUCUUGAAUGUAAACACAUGAAAAAGAUGAAUAUUAUACUGUAUGUAAACCAAGAAUAUGCUAUAUUUAUAUGUUUUCUUCAUGGUGUUGUUUUUAUGUGAAUGUAUACCAUGUUGAAUUGUAUCAAUAAAUGUGAAAUACU